UGACACGUCAGCUGAAGCACACGGACACAUGUCGACGUUACACACGUAGCUACACUUCCUCGCCCUCUGAAAAAACGAUCUACCGAUGUAACCAGGUGAAGGCCAAAUAGUCAACACAAGGUCGCAUGACAACACAAGGUUUCCAGAGGGCACAGCUGGUUUGAUGCCCGCGGCUCCACAAUGGAGCUCUCUGACUCAGUCACACAUAAGAACGGGCGACAGAGGAAGCCCGCUGUCCCCCAGGGGGACAUGAGUGACGGGAAUAGGGUUCGCAACACCACCCCUGACCUGGAGGAGGAGGGGGAAGCGUUGCUUCGAGGAUCCGACACGGAGAACAACGGACAACCCAGUGUGCAGCCUGGGAUCAGAGGGGAGCUGGGGAACGUAUCUCUGCUGCUCUUCCUUUAUGUCCUCCAGGGUAUCCCUCUGGGCCUGGCCGGGAGCAUCCCUCUCAUCCUGCAGAGUAAGAACGUCAGCUACAAGGACCAGGCCUUCUUCAGCUUUGUCUUCUGGCCCUUCAGUCUCAAGCUGCUGUGGGCCCCUCUGGUUGACGCGCUCUACCUGACCUGGUUUGGACGCCGGAAGUCGUGGCUGGUGCCCACCCAGUACCUGCUGGGUCUCUUCAUGCUGUACCUGUCGGUUACCGUGGAUACGCUGCUGAAAAGUGAUGAGGGGCAGGGCCCUGAUGUGAUAACCCUGACGGCGGUGUUCUUCAUGCUGGCCUUUCUGGCAGCCACCCAGGACAUAGCAGUGGAUGGCUGGGCUCUGACCAUGCUGUCUAGGGAGAACGUGGGCUACGCCUCCACCUGUAACUCUGUGGGACAGACUGCUGGCUACUUCCUAGGCAACGUGCUCUUCCUGGCUCUGGAGUCAGCUGACUUCUGCAACAAAUACCUGAGAGCAGAGCCUAAAGAGACUGGCAUCGUGACACUGUCAGACUUCCUGUUUUUCUGGGGCGUGGUGUUCCUGGUGUCGACUACGCUGGUGGCCAUUAUGAAGAAGGAGAACGCCAGGGGACAGCACGGGAGGAAGAAGGUCCGGGAGGAGACGCAGAGCGUCAUGGAAACAUACAAACUGCUGCUCUCCAUCAUCAAGAUGCCUGCCGUGUUCACCUUCUGUAGCCUGCUGCUCACUGCUAAGAUGGGUUUCUCUGCAGCAGACGCAGUGACCGGUCUGAAGCUGGUAGAGGCAGGUGUUCCUAAAGAGCAGCUGGCAUUACUGGCAGUCCCCAUGGUUCCACUGCAGGUACUACUACCUCUCAUCAUCAGUAAAUACACCGCGGGACCACGACCACUAGACGUCUUCUACAAGGCCUUUCCCUUCAGGUUGUUGAUAGGUCUGGGGUAUGCUGUGUUGGUGUGGUGGACUCCCAGUUUAAAGCAGGAAGGGGGAUUCCCUCUCUACUACUACACUAUAGUCCUGUUCAGCUACGCACUGCAUCAGGUGGCGCUGUACAGCAUGUAUGUGGCCUGUAUGGCUUUCCAUGCUAAAGUGAGUGACCCAGUGAUUGGUGGGACUUACAUGACCCUGCUGAACACUGUCACCAACCUGGGGGGAAACUGGCCCUCCACCCUGGCAUUGUGGAUGGUCGACCCACUCACCUCUAAGGAGUGCCAGGGAGCUGCUGGGCAGAAAUGUGGCUCCCCAGAGGAGACAGGGCUGUGUGUUAAGGAGGGCGGUGUGUGUGUGACGUCAUUGGAUGGUUACUAUGUGGAGUCGGUGGUGUGUGCGUUGAUAGGACUAACGUGGUGGGUGUGGCUAGGGAACAGGAUGAGAAGGCUACAGGACCAGAGCCCUGCAGCGUGGAGGUGCAGGAUCGGCCAAUGACAACAUUCACCCAGUUCCUGACCCCAGCAAGUCCAAUCGCCAGACAGCUACAGUCUGAUAUAAAAGCUUCUGUCAGCUCAGCCUUUGACCCUGGCCUGAACAUCACUUCCUCUCUCUCUCAUUUCUGUUUUUCUGUCUUCCUCCGACUCUUUAUUUCUCUCCUUUCUCUGUCCAUCUCUCUCCUUCUCUGAUGACUCUUCUCAGUGUCCCUCUUUUUUCCCUCUCCCCCUUCUUCCCACCGUUUGCUCAGUGUAUAUAUUAUCCUUUGCUCAGUGUAUAUAUUAUCCUUUGCUCAGUGUAUAUAUUAUCCUUUGCUCAGUGUAUAUAUUAUCCUUCAGCAGUCUGUCUCUGCGUUAACUGUAAUUGUGGUCCGGCCACCACAAGACUAUGGACCAUAACGGUCAAUAACCACAUACUCUCUUGGAGAGUCAAGAGUUACAUUUCUCCUUGCAACGUCACAUCCUCACCAUGGCUUCUGUGGGUGCCGCUUCAACUAUGUCCCAUUGGAAACAAAAGAAGGAACUAUUCUUCUUGCUAGGAAUAUUUACAGUAGACAUAGCUGCUCCUUCUCAAUCCACAUUGUCUGCUACUUAAACUAUUUCACUUUCUCACUGUUUAUUUGUGCCUUGCUCUGUUCUUCAAAGACUCUGAUUUUAAAGUUGGUCAGAUAUUUAAAAAAAGGCAUUCAUCAACGAACGGUCAUAAAAAGCAAACCACACAUAUAUGGAUGGUUAAAUAUGAACUUUGCGAUGUACAGACAAGACCUAGUUGAUGAAUAGAUCACGUUUCUGUGUGGAACAUGGGAGUCAGAAAUCACAUUUCUAUUCUUGAUGUUAAUCUAUUGUCCCUUCGAAAAGAAAUGCCUAAAUUCUAACUACUGUUUUAAUAUACACUGAGUGUACAAAACGUUAGGAACACCUUCCUAUUGAGUUACUAUGUUAAACGUUCCUAAUGUUGAGUUGCACCACCCUCCUUUUGCCAUGUUGACUCCAAUGCUUCCCACAGUGGUCAAGUUGGCUGGAUGUCCUUUGGGUGUUGGACCAUUCUUGAUGGGAAACUGUUGAGCGUGAAACUCAACAGUUUUCUUUACACACAAACCGGUGUGCCUGGCACCUGCUACCAUACCCUGUUCAAAGGCACUUACAUCUUUUUUCUCUUGACAAUUCACCCUCUGAAUGGCACAAACACAAUUCAUGUCUCAAUUGUCUCCAGGCUUGAAAAUCCUUCUUUAACCCGUCUCCUUGCCUUCCUUCAUCUACACUGAUUGAAGUGGAUUUAACAGGUGACAUCAAUAAGGGAUUAAAAGCUUUCACCCGGUCAGUCUGUCAUGGACGGUUCUUAAUGUUUUGUAUACUCAGCAUAUGUCUCUAACUUUUUGAAUACAACAGUAUUUUCUCUAUAACAGCAAUGACAGGUCAAAGGUUGUUUGAAAGGGAGAAGGCAGUAAACAGUCAUGUCCGGAUCUGGGGAUCACCUGUAUCGGUUCUGUUUGGUUUAUGUCAUAGAACAUUUUAAUGUUUUUCUGUUUGUUAAUUCUCAAGAGGUAUUUUCAUUUAUUUUGGGGCUCUAUUCUACAUCAGGCUGAACAAAAUAAUUUGCAUUGAUUCAUGUGUGGAACACUGAUAAAUCAGAUUCUGUCUUUCUCCCUUAAUGUCUGCCCCUAACCACCUGUCAACAUUCAGAUGGGGCUCAGCUCCUAAAGGUGAAAGUCAGGGUUGGGGUAUAGUGAGAUGAUCCUAGAUCAGGUUGUUCUCCUUUUGUGUGUGUGUGUGGGGGGGGGGGGGGGGGGCAAAGAGCAUGUUGAGUUUCCACACCAAUGCAAAGCCUUCAUACUGUAACUGAGACGCUUGUUAGCCUUAAAUAUUUCAUUUUUUAACUUUCUCUUUAUUUUACAUCUUGUGAUGCUGCUGUAUGUACAUCGCCUUUUUAUGUCUGUGUCAAUACUUUUAACAAUUUAAAAUAUUGCCUAAACUCUACCAGCCAUUCAUUUACAUAUGGAUAUGUUUGUAUGUUUGACUUGUUUUGAUUUACCAAAUAUUUAAAUGAAUGAUAUUUUAUUUAUUUUUCACUUUUUUUUUCAUGUCCGUUUGUCUUCAUUUCAGGUGUACAUUCUUUUAAAAAAUGUUUAAAAAAAACUCCACUCUAGUUAUUUUCCAAGAUGAGUGGAGGGUUUUUUAAAAGAAUGUUCAACUACUGAAUUUCCCAAUGGAAUACAAAUGAUUUGUAAUGGGCUGUUGCAAACCAAUCUUUGAUUCCCAACUCACAUUUCUAAAAGCUGACGUUAAAGACCUGCUUGGUAUUGGAGUUGUCCCUAGUGGGAAGAACUCCGUGGGAAUCGAACCCACAACCCUGGUAUUGCAUGUGCCGUGCUCUACCGAGAGUGACUACCCGGGUUGGGAACAAUUCCAUUGAAUUUCCAGUCAGUUCGGGAAGUACACUACAAUUCCAAUUCAAUGCUUUUCAAUUAGAAACAUUUUAGAGAAAAAAAAUCAAUAAUUAUUGACUAGAAUUUCGAUGUGAUUGACCCAAAUUCUGCACUGUACCCUGUGAGACGUGUCCGCUGUGCUGUAAGAUGAUCUGAGUAACUUUUGUACCAACAUUCCCAAGAUGUAAUAUUGAAAAUAUUUACAGUAAUAAAUAUCUUAUGUACAUUGAAUAUG